UUUCCUCUCCAUUCAUCGUCCCAAUCUCAUGCACUUAUUGUAAUGUGUCUCUCAAAACUAAUCCAAUUAUAAUUAGCAGUUAGUAAUUAUUUAAAAUGCAAAUUUUACUCGCUCUACUUUGGGCGUACUUUUUGGUUCCGGACGUCGAUUCGAAGCGAUUAUCUUCUCCGCCUACUAAACAAAACAAUGGAGCAGUUGAAAUCUCCCUUCCCGAACGAAUCCUUCGUCUCAACGAGUUGCUCAAACAAAGUCCCUUAGCUCCGAUAACCCUCUCGUUCAAGCAGUAUCGCCAACUUGUGCUUCCUGCGCCGAGAAAUUUUUCAUUUUUCGUCCUCUUCGUCAACGGCGAAGAUGUGACGGAUGAGAAGGACAGCGAGUACUGCGGAAAAUGUGACGAUGCGAUCGCCUGGUGGAAUCACGUCGCGUCGAUUCAUUUCGUUCAAGAAUGGCGAAAAAAUGGGGGCUACCUCUUUAGCGAAAAGCCAGAUCCGGUGUUUUUUGGAAUCGUCAAGAUUUAUUGGGAUAAGGUUUCGAAGGUGAAAGUACCUGUUCAAAUUAACCAACCCAACAUGUACUAUUUUGGAAAUACGACAAGUGGUAGAAAGAUGGAUAGCAAUUUCGGGCGAAUUUCAAGCCUAAAUUCUUCCCAGUUUAAAAAUGACGAAUUUCCGCGACAAAUGUAUAUCUUUGAUUUAUUAGAAUGGAUAACGGAAUGUUCCGGAAUUGUCAUCGACCUGAGAACGGAACCAUUAAAAUGGAACAGAACAGGGGUAACAUUUAUUUGGAUGAUAGCCUUCCUCGCUAUUUACUUUGUCUGGAGGGUUUUUGACGUGACCUUGAUUGUGCAAGCGGUUUGGGAUUUAUUGAAUAAUAUAAAUUACAAAUACUUGGCUGUGUGUUUCGCCUUGUGGUGCGUCUCUGGUCAAUUGUACAACCAAAUGAAGAAUACUGGUUGGGCAUACUAUGAUAAAGACCACAACAUGGUUUUUGUAGCGCCAGGUCAUAGUUACCAACUUUUAUCCGAGUCAUUUAUCGUGAUGGCAUUGUACGCAGGAAUCACCAUUUCUUUUGUGCAAUUGAUACAAAAAGCAGAAGAUGCAGAAGAGCAGAAGAUAAAUCUCGACCCCUCUAAACUCUUUGGAUCUUUUAUACUUCUUGUCAGUUCUUUCAUGGGUCUGAUGCAUGUCGUCACCAUCAAAAAUUAGUCGUUUUUGAUGAUGAAUUGUUAUUUAUAAACAUUAAUGAUCAUUGUAGUUUAUUAUGAAUGUUGGUUUCGAUAAAUGUAUGUAUCUUAUCUUACAACUUGUAAGUUAAGAAAGCAAAUGCAUAAACACUAGUUUACAAGAAAA